AAACUGCAGUGGCUUUUUGGCUUUGUCCGCUUGAUUUGCCUGAGCAGAUCGCGUCGGGCAUCGAUUUUUUCCGCAAAAUCAAAUCAAAUUGAAUUAAAGUUUUCAGUUUUUGGUGUUCAAUUGUAUAUUUAAAGUGUAGUGCAUGGUUUAAGUGUAAUUUUGUGUGUUUUUGUUCGUUUAUCUUGGUGAAAAAUCAAUUUUUCAAAAUGGAUGAGGGUGAUGGCAAAUCUGGUAAAAAUUCGCCAAAAACCGAGGAUAAAUAUGGUAACUGUUAUUGCGGAAAGGAAAGGAAUCUCAACAUAGUGGAACUGCUUUGUGUGACAUGCUGCCGUUGGUUCCACGAAUCCUGCAUCGGGUUCCAGCUGGGCCGACUGGUGCCCUUCAUUAUGAACUAUGUGUUCGUCUGUAAGAACUGUUCCGUAACGGGGCUGGAAAGCUUCCGGAAGACCCAGGCCACGAUUCCGCAGAUGUGCAUGACAGCCAUUGCCAAUCUGCAGCAGACGGCGACCAAGGAAGGCAAACCGAAGGUGAUGUUCAGCAAGGAUAGGGACAUCAUUCCCUUCAUGGACCACUACUGGGAAUCGAUGACGACCAUGAGCCGGCGUUCGACCCAAUCUUGGUACGCUACGGUGCAGCGGACACUGCUGAAGGAUAUCAACACGCUGUUUGCGUACGAAGAGACUGCCGAUGGACAAAUGUAUGGACUGGUGACGUCGGAUCUGACGCAGAUUAAGCCCAACUAUGAUGAGGCCACAGCACAAGGCACACAAAACUUGGCCAAGGCCGGCCGUCAACAGAAGCGAAAGUUCCCCAACAACGAUCAGGGCGGAGCACUGGGCAAAAAGAGCCGCGUCGGAACGGAACUGGCGCUGGUGAAGCUUCCCGCCCACGGUUACCCGCUGGAGCACCCGUUCAACAAGGACGGCUAUCGGUACAUUUUGGCCGAACCGGAUCCACAUGCACCGUUCCGGCAGGAGUUCGACGAAAGUGCCGAUUGGGCGGGGAAACCGAUUCCAGGCUGGUUAUAUCGAGUGCUAUCGCCAAAUGCGGUCCUCAUAGCGUUGCACGAUCGGGCACCGCAGCUGAAGGUUUCGGAGGAUCGUUUGGCGGUCACCGGAGAUAAGGGAUACUGUAUGGCGAGGUGUACACAUUACGUCACCCGUGGCUGUUGGUAUUGGGAAGCAACAGUGGAAGAAAUGCCCGAAGGAUCAGCCUGUCGGCUUGGCUGGGGCCAGGAAUACGCCAAUCUGCAAGCGCCGCUGGGUUACGAUAAAUUCGGCUACUCGUGGCGCUCCCGCAAGGGAACCCGUUUUCACGAAUCUCACGGAAAGCACUACAGCGAUGGGUACGGAGUGGGAGACACUCUCGGGUUCAUGAUAGUGCUCCCUGAGUCGAACCCCGCCGGGCACAUUCCGAGCACGUUCAAGGAUCGUCCGUUGGUCAAGUUCAAAAGCCACCUGUACUACGAGGAGAAGGAUAAGGUGACGGAAACGCUCAAGUCGUUGAAGGUGUUGCCCGGCAGUAAGAUAUACUUCUUCAAGAAUGGAGUCUGCCAAGGUGAAGCGUUCACCGAUAUGUAUGGCGGAGCGUACUAUCCGGCCAUAUCGGUCCAUAAGAGUGCAACGAUCAGCGUAAACUUCGGGCCCAAUUUCAAGCAUCCUGAAGUGGAGGAACAGUUCAAGUGCAAAGCGAUGCAAGGACGCGUCGAGGAGAUGAUCUGCGAGCAAACCAUGGCGGACAUGAUGUAUUUCACCGAGAACGAUGGCAAACUUCGUCUGGAUACGUAUAGCCUUUAGUUCGAUUCAUACCGCGUGUAAAUAAAACAUCUCAUCGUUCAGUAGCUGUAAGUAUUUAACAUAA